AUGGCCACCCCCCACUGGGGACGACUGGCAUGUGUGUGUACGGCACUGGGAGGGGAAGUUAUGCGAGCACUGACGAACGCACUGAGGUGCCAUGUCGAAGGUUGGUGGCGUUUGUGGUUUCCCGCUCGAGACGAAGAGCCAAACCGCGUCGAGUCUGGCCCUUCUGGACGGCGCGGCCUGUCCAAUCUCUCUGCGCCAGGCCAGGGUGGGCCGGACGUAGCUGGUGCCGUCGAGGCCUUGGAAUACGGGGGUCUGGCACCGCCACAAAGGGCGCCUGUUGCCUAUCCUCAGCGUGGCCCCCCAGGCGGCGAGUGUUUGCGCGCAGAGGGUUUCUAUGUUUGGCUCGCUACUAGAUACAUGGGAAUCGAUGUAUCCAGGGCAGCCUGCGGUCCCUUCCACCCACCAUGGCCGGAUGCGUCGAUGUUGGGCUGCACUGCAAAUGCCCUGUUUCGCAUGCUUGGGGUCCAUCGUCUUCUGGCGACCCCACCGCACCCAGCUGAGGCCCGUGGCCUGACGUCGCCAGGGCGCCUGGGCGUGGCAUGUGUAUGUACGCAUCGCCGGCUGUGCCUCUGCGACGACAUGGACAGUCGCAACGGCAGCCGCGCGGAGACUGCCGGGCGGCACCAAUGCAAAUGGCCAUGGCAACGCCAGUGCCAAGACACGCUACAUGUCCGUGGCGCGCCUCUUGUGGCCGUGAUGACCCCCAGACACAACCACCACCACCACCACGUCAAGCCCGCCACCAGCGUCGACGCCGCAGAACAGCGGGGCCAGUGCGCCAGGCCUGACUUGGACGACGACGACUCGAGCCGAGAUGGCCAUGAGUCGGACCACAGCAGCGGCCUCAAUUUACACCGAUCUCCAGGCGUCCCAGGUUCCCAGUGCGGGCGCGCUCCUUUGCCCCGGCCUCCAUGGCCCAUUCAUCUCGUCUGCUUAUGUAUGGACCACCAUGCCCAAGUCGCUGCUCCAUUGCAACCGAGCCCACCACCACAUGCCAUCACCGUGACGAGUGCAUGAGCGCCACGCUACCCACUUGCACCCAUACAUACUGCUU